AUGUCUAACAAUGACUCAUUGGAUGUGUUUAACCUACCGCCCCGUAUAUAUAAUCCCGGGUUUGAACCAAACAUUGGAGCUGUUGUUAUUCAACAUUUCGAAACACAUUUGGUCAAAAAAGUUGAGCUCGCACUAGGGGAGGAACAGUUUAAUCUAAUUAAAGCCUCUUUCCUUGGUCCUAUUAUUGAACUAGCAAAAAGAAGUGGAGUUAAUUUUUCGGGGAAGAUUUUCCACUUCUUGAUGCAGCGAAGGUUGCUUUUAAAGGAGACGAAUCUCUGGUUCACAUUUGACUCCCAGCCAAUGCGAUUCUCAGAGAGAGAAUUCUUGCUUACCACAUGUAUAUCUAAAUUAGUUUUCUUUUGUGUUCAGUGUGACCUGAUUGAUAGUGAAAUGCUUCGAAAAGGCAAAGCUCCAUCAAAAGCUCCAUAUUUCUGGACUCAGAAAGAGCAUUUUACGCUGGAACAACUCCAAAAACGUUUGUUUGAACCAAAUCAGCUGCAUCCGCUGGAUGCUGAAGAGAAACUGAGUCUAGGUAUGGUAACUUUGACAGAAGCCUUUCUCUUUACACCAGGUUCGUUGGAGAAAAUCCCUUUGUCUAGACUGGUACAUGCUUCAGAAUUCGCAAUCUACACAUCUCAACCGUGGGGCAAGCAUGCAUAUAGGGUUCUUGCUACAAGCAUCCAACGGAUAAAUGAGAAUACUUGGGCAAGAGGCACAUAUGAAGUAAAGGGAUUUGCAAUGGCGAUACUACUAUGGGCCUUCAGCGCAGUUCCAUCUUUGGGCUCAUCGUUUGCAACAGAAUGUGUUACAUCGAGAUCUGAGUAUCCUUUGUGUUUGAAAUGGGAAACAACUCAAACACCAAGAUUUUCUCAUGUUGUCGAUGUCGUCAAAAAAAUGAACUCAGUCAAGGUUAAUACAGUGAUUGGAAACCCGUACGAAUAUAGCUAUUUAGUUGCUAGUUCGCAUGAAGACGACAUAGACUUCGAAGAAAUUGUUCGUCUUGUUCAAAAUGGAUACAGACUCAAAGCAACUGAUUGGAGUGCUGGAUUUAUUGAUAUUUUCACUGUAUUACAAGAAAUAGGGGAACAAACAAUGAAUAACAACUUGUAUGACAGCAAGAAACUCGACAAGAUCCUAAAUUUACUUCAAGACUUCAACAGGAGGAUUGCAGUAAUAGAGUAUGUUCUUAAAAGCCGUCUUGAAAAAGAUGAGACUGAGAGAUGCAAAAAAAAAGAGUCUGAUAUACAAGAAGAAACAUGUGCCAGAACAGAAGAGCAGUCUGACAAAGCUGGUCCCAAUAUAGAUGGUGAUAUUGGUGUUGAUGGUGAUAGCAGAGAAGGUGAUGAAUGUGGUCCAAGUAGAGAUGGUGAAAUUGAUGUCGAUGGUGAUAACAAAGAAGAUGAUGAAUGUGGUCCUAGUACAUUUGAAGAUUCCAUUCGUGAGCCAAACACAGAGGACGGGAGCUAUGCUGGAGAUGAUGAAAACAGCCAGAAGAUUCGUUCUGAAGAUGAUACAACUGAACCUACAGCAAAGGAUAAAACCCCUACUCUAAAUUUCUCUACUCCAAAUUUCAAUAUUAUCUCUGAAGAUAGUCAGGAUAAGGAGAAGGAAGGAAUUUCAGUUUCUGAAACAAACAAUGAGGCAUGUAAGAAAAGUUCUGAAAGUAAGAAGUACUGUAGAAAGAAGAGAUAUGUCAGAGAAAGAAAAGAGACAAAUAAGCGUAAACAAGGAGAUAAUUCUUAUAAUGAUAUUCCUACAAGAAAAUAGCCUCAGAGAAAAAAAUGCAAAAAUACUGACAAAGUUGCUGCUGAUCUUGGAACAAGAACAUGUGAUCAAGAAUUAGGGGAUAAAGCUGAUAAUGAUGUUCCACUAAAAACUAGUCAACAAGAUGUAGAUAAUAAAUCAAAAGCUGAUGGUCCAUCAAGAAGAAGCCAGCGAAGUCAAGUGCCUUCCAUUUAUUUUCAGCCACCUUACACGGCAGAGAAGAAGAAGCACCCAACACUUCACCCCUUUGCAAAAGUUGACACAAAAAGGUUUGAAAGUUUAUGUGAAUGGAAGAAGUCGACAAAAAACAAGUGAGUUUUAAGUUUGUAAAACUCAA